AUGAAGUUUGCAUUUGCUGCUCGAUUGGGCAGGGGAACCAAUACAAAUGCAGAGCUUCGGGCAUUAUUACUGGGAUUACGUAGAUGCCGUGAGUUGGGAGUUGACAAUAUUAUUUUGGAACUUGAUUCUCUAUUGGUGGUCAAUUGGUUGAAAGAUGGGAAAUGUAGCUUAUGGUAUCUGGAGGACUUUUUGGAUGAAAUUGUUGGGAUUUUAUCGAAUCUUAAUUGCCGAGUACAACAUGUUUUUAGGGAAGGAAAUACGGGAGCAGAUUUUUUGGCUAGAAUGGGAAGUAGUGGAUGCAAUGAAGAAUGGUUGUCACACGAAAACAUUCCAAUGUUGCUUAAGGGUAUUCUUCGGACUGAUCAUAGCAACUUACCUUAUUUGCGUAAGUAUAAGAAAAGUGAUUGA